CAUGUCAAAGCUAUAAACUUAAUUAUUUAUAUUAUACUUCUCUAACAUAUACUUCCCAUUUAUCUCUAGGUUUGAAGUUUGAGGAAAUUCAAGAAAAAUUUGGUGAGGAGUUCUUUAAUAUUUGCUUUGAUGAGAAUGAGAGAGUCCUUCGAGCUGUAGGCGGCACAUUGCAGGACUUUUUUAAUGGCUUUGAUGCUUUGUUGGAACACAUUAGAACUUCUUUCGGAAAACAGGCCACUCUGGAGUCACCAUCAUUCCUAUGCAAAGAGCUCCCUGAAGGUACUCUUAUGCUUCACUACUUCCACCCUCACCAUACUGUGGGGUUUGCAAUGCUGGGGAUGAUUAAGGCUGCAGGAAAGAAGAUCUAUCGGCUGGAUGUGGAAGUGGAACAGGUUGCAAAUGAGAAACUGUGCUCUGAUAGUUCAAACUCAGGCAACUGUAGCUGUCUUACUUUCCUUAUCAAAGAAUGUGAAAAUACUAACAUCACGAAAAACCUUCCACAAGGAACCUCCCAAGUUCCUGCGGACCUGAGAAUUAGCAUCAACACCUUCUGCAGAGCUUUCCCUUUCCACCUGAUGUUCGAUCCCCACAUGUUAGUCCUGCAGCUGGGGGAAGGCCUAAGGAAGCAGCUCCGAUGUGACACUCACAAAGUGCUCAAGUUUGAGGACUGCUUCGAGAUUGUUUCUCCAAAGGUUAAUGCCACCUUUGAAAGGGUCUUGCUGCGACUGUCUACCCCAUUUGUGAUUAGGACCAAGCCUGAGGCUUCUGGUACUGAAAAUAAAGACAAGGUGAUGGAAAUCAAAGGACAAAUGAUUCACGUCCCAGAAUCAAAUUCUAUUUUAUUCUUGGGCUCUCCGUGUGUGGACAAGUUGGAUGAACUCAUGGGCCGGGGACUGCAUCUCUCGGACAUCCCCAUCCAUGAUGCCACCCGAGACGUCAUUUUGGUUGGUGAGCAGGCAAAGGCCCAAGAUGGCUUGAAGAAGAGGAUGGAUAAAUUAAAGGCAACUUUAGAAAGAACUCACCAGGCCUUGGAAGAAGAGAAAAAGAAAACAGUGGAUCUUCUAUAUUCUAUUUUCCCUGGCGAUGUAGCCCAGCAGUUGUGGCAAGGGCAGCAAGUGCAGGCCAGAAAGUUUGAUGAUGUCACCAUGCUCUUUUCAGACAUUGUUGGCUUCACGGCCAUCUGUGCCCAGUGUACCCCCAUGCAAGUGAUCAGCAUGCUGAAUGAACUGUAUACUCGAUUUGAUCACCAGUGUGGAUUUUUGGAUAUUUAUAAGGUGGAAACAAUAGGUGAUGCAUACUGCGUUGCUGCAGGACUCCACAGAAAAAGCCUGUGCCACGCUAAACCCAUUGCUCUGAUGGCCCUAAAGAUGAUGGAACUUUCAGAAGAGGUGCUGACACCUGAUGGAAGACCAAUCCAGCAUUUAAGUCUGUAUACUGUCUUCAGUUCUAUCUUCCAGCUCACUGAUACUCCUGUCAAUUGGUUAUGAAAAUCAUCUGUGAAG